AUGGUUUCUCUGCUGAAGAGUGAGGCUGCGUUCGAAGCGAGAGCUAAGGAUUGCGGACUCCCAGGAGAAGAAAUUGAGCGGCUCAAGACUGCUGGCAUAGUGAACAUCUCGCUUCUGGCCUUUGCAACAAGCGCCCCAGGAACUCCUCCGAGCGAGGAUCAGCUGCGCAACCUUCUGAGGCCGUUGAAUCCCGAGAGCGUUGGGGUUGGCACGCUUGCAGCUCUUCGACAUUUGAUGUUCGAGUGCCAAACUUUGUGCUUGGCCCACGUCAAGGCUUCAGUAGAAGGAACCGACAAGAAAGUGGAGUUGGUGCCAGCAGAGCGGAGUGCCAGGAUUGCGUCGCAGAAGGCUCGGAUGCGUGGCCUAACGCUCUCUGGGCCUUUGGAGUGCUCCCACGGCUCAUAUGAUUACGUGGGACAGAUGCUCGAAAAGGACAGCCCCAUGUAUUUGGAGCCGCACCGCUUUGAUACUCGCGCUGCUGAAGUUGCUAGGGAGAAGCCGGGCAAGGAACUUGUCCUGGAUCAGAACAAGAUCUCAGUGAAGGAUCGAUCCGACCGCGGCAAAUGUGCCAUACAGGAUGCCCUCUCCUUGCAUCAAGCUCUCCAGACUGCCUCGGGGGCGCUUCCGCUUGAUGCAGCAAUUGCCGAUCUCAACAGAGACCCGACUGUUCUCUUCCACUUGCUCCCCUCUCGGGAGACCAAGGCUCCGGAGAGGCCUCAGCGAGAUCCUUCCAAGAAGGACGAUGACAAGAAGAGGAAGAUUAAUGAGAAGAAGAAGGUCAAACCUGAUUCCACCAAGGUUCAGAAAAGCGAAAUGCCAGAUGAACUUAGGUCGAUUCCCAACCUUCUGACUGUCUCCGAGUCAGGAGAGAAGUUUUGCUGGCCAUACAAUUGCGCGAAAGGAUGCAAAUUCGCGAAAGCAGGGAAAUCCUGCCGCAGAGGAAAGCACGCCUGCAUGCGCUGCGGAAAGAAUCACUCCUUGCAGGAAUGCAAGGAAAACAAGGAGUGA